AUGCCACACCUUUUUCACCUACCCCUUGAACUUCUCGCACAAGCUAUCUCAUACGUCGAUCAAUCGACUUUAAAAUGUCUGCGCCGGACUUGUCGCACGCUGGCGCAAGUCACCUCACCUCAACUCUUCCGCGUUGUGCGCCUACGCCUGCAGCUCAAACGCUUCCCGAACGUGCAAAGCACUGUUCUACGUUUUGACGACAUUUACUUAUGGCGAGGCCAAUGGCCCCAGAACCCCGCCUGCCGCAAAGAAAUUCUCCGCGUGUUCUUAUCUUGGCUGGCGUCCUUGGGUGCACCCAUCAAAGAGCUCGGAGUCCGCAACCUUCACGGCGGCAAUAUCGACGAUGCGGAGAUUCGCACCAUGAUAACUAAGGCGUUGGGCAGUCUCCGAUCACUCCGGCUGAACAUAGUUAUCGAACGUCUCGUAGAACUCGUAGAAAGCCCAGCAGAUGAGAUCCAAUACCAUGAGGCCCACGAAUUCUUCGAAGAAAUGUCAUCGAACUGGCUGAAUCCCACCAUGGGAUCAUUGGAGCACCUGACGCUCCACUGUGACCAGAAAUGGUUGUUCCUCCCCAAGGUUGACUUUCAUGGGAUUCGCUUCCCAAGGCUGAAGACCCUCGCACUGGGCAAUUUUGCCUUCUGGCUGAACUCACAGGUGGAUAUUACACAAGAGAGAGAAUGGUGGCGUCCGGGUUGUCCUGAACGAAGCGACUACUACCGUUCAGGCGAGAAACUGUGGAAUGAUCUGUUCGGUGCCUUUCGAACAGGCUUGCCGUUUCUUCGGCAUUUUCGCAUGGGAUCAACGUGCUGGUCGUAUUCUGAUGGCGAGAUGCCGUUUGUGAAGGAGACGAGCAUUUAUAUCGGCCUUCUGCACGAUCGGUAUAUGGGGUGCCGUGGCACGGACCCGGACGACCGUAUGUCCAAGGUCAAUGAAAAAGCGGCACAAGAAAACCGUGAAUUCGAUAGGACCGCUUUGCGGCUCUUGCUAGAGAGUGUAGGGCAACGCGUACCGCCGUCUUGGUCGACAAAGGGCAUUUGCCUACGACUUGCCUAUCUAAAAACCUUAGUUGAGCGGCUUAUUCAGUGCUCAAAGCAGGCAGCUGGCCUAGGACUAGCAGGGGCAUAA